UGGCAAGUGAAUCGGAACGGAACGGCCAGCCUCCAGAUAGCACCGAGACGAGACUUUUUUUUCUAGCGAGCGAUCGAGGAGCGACGAGCGGAUAGAGAGAGGGGAAAAUUUCGGUUCCACGUAACACCGGGGACGGGUAACCGAAAGCGAAAAUGGAGAAAUAUGUAACCGUCGUUUCGGUCGAUGAUCAUCUGCAGACACCAGCAACGCAGACGCCCACGACGCAGACCCAGACGGCCAGCAGUAACGGAGGUGCCAGUUCAGCAGCAGCGGCGGGACCACUCAACGGUAACCUUGAAUCAGGCAAACGAACGAACCAGGAACCGAUCCGAAUGGACCACAGGCCACUGGAGGACUCACAGUUCGUGACCGUGCUGUCGAUCAAUCCGGGUGCGGAUGGAGGAGCGGACAGCGGCACCGAAGAAACGAACGCCCCGGAAAUGGUGCUCGUCUAUCGGUUACCGGGUGAACGACUUGGCUUUGGACUCAAGUUCCAAGGUGGCACCAGGAGUAACGAAAAGAUCCAACGUUUGUUCAUUCAAUCCUGCGCCGAGAACAGUCCUGCGUCGCGUGUCCUCGCUAGCUGGGGCCAUCUGAGGGAAGGGGACGAGAUCCUGGAAAUCGACGGAGUGAGCGUGACGCGAAUGACGCGCAUCGAGUGUGUCAAGUGUCUCAAAGACAGUAACGUGGCGAUCAAACUGUUGGUGCGGAAUGGUGAGGGAAAGGUGCAGAACUUUUUCCCCGAAGGAGGUGCCGGAUCAUCCGCGGGGUUAGAGAAUGUUGGCGGGGAAUUGCCAGAGCGGAAAAGUGCCCCACCACCACCGCCACCCGUUCCACCGAGGAAACUCAACAAACGGAAGGCGGUCACCACGGGGACGACGGAGCAAACGACACCGAAUGGUGGCCAGAAGGAGGAGAAACAAUCCUCGGGGGCCACCGGGACAGAACUGGCCACCAGUGGACCUCCACCACCACCACCGGAUGCAGAAUCGUACAGCAAUCUGUUCGCCGAUGACAUUAGCGAUCUGAUCUCGGAAUCGGACGAUACGGCCAGCACCAUCUCGACGGUGGUGGACAAGUUUUCCAUCUGUUCCAGCCUGUCGUCGGAGGACUAUACGAUCCCCUCGAACGGGGCCGGUCCAAUGGGUAUGGGACCGAGUUUGGAGUUGGCCAAAGCGCUCAAACCGUUCACGUUGCUCGAGCAGGAGUUCAAUCUGGAGAGUAAGUUCGAACCGACCAACUUGUUUACAUUCAAGCCACCGGUGCCACAAGUGCCAGCCAGUUCCGUGGCCACAAAGACGUCCACGCCGGCCAGCAAUAACGUGCUACAGUUGGAAGUGGCCGGUGGAACUGGAGGAGAGUACGAAAAUGUCACGAUUAUGAAGGUGGAUGAGAACAGGAACUACGAGAAUGUGGCCAUUCCGUCGUACGGCCCGUACGAGAACGUUACAAUCCAGACGGUGCAACCGUACGAGAAUAUGGUGCUGAACCGUGGUGCCACUAACCGACCACGACGAUUGUCGGUGGCAGAAAAGGACGCGGAACCAGAGCAAACCAGUUCCGGUGGCGGUGGUGUGUACGAACAGAUGGAUUUGAAGGCGCAAGUUCCCCCUCGGCCACUGCCAAGGCAGGGCUCAACGGGCAGCGCCAUCGUUGAGCCGAAGAAACGGGCACCGAUUCCGGUUCCCAUUCCGAUCGUCGUUCCACCGCCACGCCAGAAACCCACGGUUCCUUCGAUGGAUGGCGCUGUGGCGAGUGUCGCUCCUCUCGGUCCGGAGUACAAUACGAUCCAGAGUUGGCUGCAGGAAGCCACGGAAGUGAUUCACGAGUGUGCGCUAGUGCCGACGGAUGCACCGACCACCGUCAGCGUCAGCGAGGACAAGAUAAAACCCAGUGCGGAUGUUGGUUCGGCCACCGAUCUGUUACCCCGGUUGAUCGAUUUCCAUCCGAAGGUGUCCAUCCCGCUGAAGGCACUCGAGGGCGAUGCGAUGGACAUUGUGGCACCGCCAACAUCCCCCAAAGUGGCCAGACGGUUCGAUGGGGUGGAGCAGACCGGAGCACCGGAACCGGAGAUGAUCGUACGGAAGUGUAUUAAGAUCAUUUCGAGUGAGGAUCACACGUACAUCGAGAGCAGCUCGAGCGAUGAGGAUGAUGAUGAGAAGCUGUACGGGCGUCGAUCGCGGUCGGAGGAUGAGGACGAUCGGAGCAGUGUGUUGUCGCGGGAGGCAACCACCCCGGAGCAGUUCCUCAGUGGCGAUGGGUUCAGUGAUGAGGAUGGUGAGAAGCUCGGACCACCGGAGAUCGUGUCCGGUGGACCGUCCGAGGCGUACUUUAACUUCCCCUGGACCUCGAACCUGCUGCCACCGAUCGGCGAGGUGGAGGAGGAGUUUUCCUCGCUGGAACAUCAGCAUAAUGGCCCGAUAGUUAUAAUCGAUACGGCCGACGAAACCGUUAUCAACGAUACGAACAACAACCAGCAGCGCGAACGCAAGAAACCCAUCGGUGACGGUGACGCGUUGAGCGCGUUGGUGACCACCAGGCGACCACACCUCACGAACGGUUCCGCGUCCGCGAAAAUAGUCACCGGAGCAGCACCGGCCGGUACGGCCGCGGAUGUUACGAUCAUGACACUGACGCUGGCUGACAGAGUGCAAGGAAGCGAUCAACAGCCACCGACGCUAGAAGCAACCGGAGAUCAGACAUUCCAAGUACAGCAGCCAGUGGAGGAAGAAAAGAAGGAAGUGGCCAGCCCGGGAGAUGAAAGCGACGUAAUCAGCGCAGUGCACGCCACUGAUAAGGCGGGCGAGAUUUGUGUCACCGAUGGAUCACCGUCUGGCCCAGGCCAGACCACCUGUCAGCCGACUGUCGAGAGCGAAGAUACCGCCGAUCGUGGUACAGCAGUGAUGGCACAGCAUCCGGUGGAUCCGGUGGUGGAGCAGCUGCGUGAGGAGCAGCUGGAAGCAUCCAAAACCGCCACAAACGAACCGACAAGUGGAGAUGAGGAGAAGGACGAGGGACCCAGGAAGGCAACUAAGGCCCCCGAAACGACGAGCGAACCAGUGGACAACCACCAGGAGCCAAAAGAAGCGCAGGAAGAGGAAGUGAAGGUUGUGGCCACGCGAAAGCACAGCGUGGACAUUCGGGAGCAGGAGGAACGUUCCCAGAUUGAGGCGAUUUGCGGUGACGUAGACAUCGUCGUAGGCGAUACCGUGGAGAGUGACUUCGAGGAGCUGGUCCGGGCGCAGAUCGAACCGCUGGACGACGUCGACGUCGCGGACAGUACGGAGCAGAUACAACAGAUUCAUGAGCGAAUCAUUGUUGGCAUUGAGCGCGCUGUUAGUGACGACGGUGACCAUGUGGAUGUUGAUCAUGAUGAUGCUGAUGUUGUUGGUGGUGAUGGUGAUAGUGAAGCAAGUGGCGCAAAUGCAGCCACGAGUGCUAGUGUGGAAGAGACGAAAGUUGCGAUGGAUGCUGCUGAUGAUAGUGACGAGCGACCAAACUCCACCGUGGAGCAAGAAGUUGCACCUGAAGUCGCAUCGUCAGUUUCUAACGUUGCCGUAGCGGAUCAGAACUCGGAAGUCCACGAAGUAGCAGCAGCAGCAGCCACCGAAGAGGAUCCCAGUGAACAAGAACCCGGCCACAUUGCAGCACUCAUCACCAGCGGCAGUACCGCGGCAGUAGCUGGAGCACGGGACACGCGUAACGAGCGCAGUGUCACCGUUAUUGCCAGCCACCCUCCCGACGGUGGCAGUGACGACAAUAGCAACCGCAACAACAACAACAACAACAGCAGCGACGACGACGGCGUCGCUGACGAGGUCGAAGGCAACGGCCACGGUGGCGUACCGGUGGCCAACAGCGCCAAGAGCAUGGACUCGAUGAAUAAUGUAGUGACGACGACCACCACCGUGACCGCCAUCGCCAGCACUGUGCAUCAGCUCAUUCCCGCACCAGCACCAGCAACAGCAUCACCAGCAGCAGCAUCCAUCGGUGGCAAAGUAGCAGCAGCAGCAGCACCUCCGGCAUUCUCACGACUACCACCGGAUGGGCAUGAGUUCCCGCCAAACUUUAGCGAACCGUCGUCCGCCACCAGUACGACCCCGACAGGCAACGGGCAGGCCGCGGUGGCCGCGAUGACGAUUAUGAACCCCGGCAGCCUGCCGGCACCGGUUCUGUCGGCCAAAUCGAACGACAAACAUUCCAGUUUCAACGACGAUUUGCCUGAUCUACCGAAAAGCCAUCCACCGCCCAUCCCACGGAAGGUGCUGCGGCAGGAUCUACACACACCCCCCAAGACCACGAACGGUGGCCCAGAACCGGCGACCAAUGGUGAUGGCAUCCGCAAACCACCUCCAUUCCCAGCGCGCAGCUCCUCGAUCGCGGAGUCAAUGUUGAGCCGCAAAGAGCUACCGCCAGCCUACCAGACCGGGAGCAGCUACGAACCGGCGGCCUAUCGCCGCCGCUCAGUCGAUGUCCCGGAGCAUCCACCAACGAAACCACCCACCGGUACCGGUCGCGUCACGCUACUCGGUUCCAACUGGCGCAAGGAUGAAAAAUCGGAGCGGAGCGUGCGCGAUAAGAUCGCCAUGUUCUCCAGUGAAUCGUCCAGUGGCCCGGUGCCCGCACCGAGCACGAUGACGCGAAAGUUCGGAAGCAAGGAUUUCACGAAAAGUUCCGAGAAUUUGCUUUCCCGUGAUGGUGGUGGCCAAUCGACGAAACGAUCGACGGUGGAUCCGAUCGAAACGUACGCGACGCUCCGCAAGAAGGCACACAGUGUCGAGAAUCUGGAUGAGGUGGACAAGGCUCUACCGGCACCGCGGAUGUUGGCAAGCGAGAGUGCACCGAAGUUCAGUCUGGAAACUUCGAAACCGGUUGUGCUGGGCAAGGCGUACAGCGUGGAGAACCUAAAUCCGCAUCUCCGUGCAACAGAAGUCGCAAAGUCUGGUGGUGGUGGUGGCCUUGGGCCAGACGCAAACAAGGUCCUGGCGAGGACGAUAAGC